AUGUCUUGGGCAUAUUUUUUUUGCAGUGGUGAUGCUACAAGUAGAUGGCGUAUCCGUGUUGGCUCUACUUGGGCUAACAGCGGUGGUGUCGUUCACAACGUUGCCCAGAACAUCAUUCACCCUCAAUACAAUCAAGGAGUUCCUUUGAACAACGAUAUCGCUAUCCUGCGCUCUGCCUCCUCCUUCACCUUCAACAACAAUGUCCGUGCUGCAUCCAUCGCUGGUGCCAACUACUUCCCCGCCGACAAUCAAGCUGUCUGGGCUGCUGGAUGGGGUGACACUUUCGCUGGAUCAGAGGCUGGCUCCGAACAACUCCGUCACGUCCAGGUUGUAGUCAUCAACCAGAACACAUGCAGAAACCAGUACGCCAACACGGUCUUCUCAAUCAACGACAACAUGUUGUGCUCUGGCUGGCCCUCUGGUGGUCGCGACCAGUGCCAGGGUGACUCUGGUGGUCCUCUCUACCACAACGGCAUCGUUGUUGGUGUCUGCUCUUUCGGUAUUGGCUGUGCUGACGCUAGGUACCCCGGUGUCAACGCUCGUGUGUCUCGCUACUCAUCUUGGAUUGCCUCCAACGCAUAA